UCACAAGUCAGAGGGCAGUAAACAAACAACCUCUCCUAGUUAUAAAAUCACCGCGGUUUGUAAUGUGUGUCGUGCACUAUGCAGCCUCCAUUGAGCUCUAGUUGGUCCUGGUGUUUCCUCUUUCUCGUCAUAUCUGUCAACACAUACUAUGUUUCAUCUGCUCCAGAUUUCUCCGAUUACCUCCACAAGAUCCUGAAGAACCACACUGCCCAUGCUUGUGAUGGAGAGACGCUGUCCAUCAGAUGCCCCGCUAGAACAUCCAUCGCUGUCCUUUCUGCAUUUUAUGGACGCCGUGUUCCGAGUCAGUAUCUAUGUCCCCAUGCAAACCCAAAUCUGACAGCGGAAAGUACAGACUGUACAUCAACCACAGCCAUUCAGAAGGUGAUGUCUGAGUGCCAGGAUCAAAGGGUGUGUCAGAUACCUGUCGUAAGCCCUGUGUUUGGUGAAGACCCUUGCCCAGAAACCACCAAGUAUAUCAUUGUCACCUAUAAGUGUAAGCCAGAGCAUCAUCGUUCCAGAACAGUGUGUGAAAAUGAGAGACUGAAGCUGGCAUGUAAGAAUAACACGGUUCUGGCCAUCUAUUCAGCCACUUUUGGACACCUGGAGCAUGAGAACAACCUUGAGUGCCCCCAAGAGGCCAUCACAAUGCCUGACAUAGAGUGCUUGUCCCCGUCAGCUUUGAGAAGGGUGUCAAGGAAGUGUCACGGUAGGACAAACUGCUCUGUGAUUGCUGAUGCUCAGAGUUUUGGAGACCCCUGCUUCCCUGGCACCAGAAAGCACCUGCGUGUCUCCUUUACCUGUGUACCAAGGUAUCUACUGGAAGAUGUUGGACGUGGAAACCUAGAUCCUUUCUUGAUCUCUGACUAUACACAUGGUGGGUGGUACACUGGCCCCGGUGUGUCCAGGCCACAAAACAUUUUCACCAACUCUCUGGAAAUCUUUUCACAGAUCCAGGGUCUGCCUGAGAAGGUGGCUCUGUACUUUGUCUCUGGUAUAUGUGCCGGUUUGCUGUUCUUGAUGUGUUUGUUUGGUCUCAAAUCCACCUUGAUGAGGGAUCUGAAGGAUCUGGUCUCUGAGCUGGAUGAGCUUAAGAGCUCCCACAGGACACGAAGAGGACUUAUAGAUGAUUACGAUGAUGAUGAUGCCCCCCUGCCCUCUUCCUUUCGCCACCUCACACAUUCGUACAGAACAGCAGAUGUGUUUAACCCAGAGAUGGUUAUGACGGUGGUCAUGGACGACAAGAGAGAGGACAAACCAGAGAUUUCAAAUGGAGACAUUUGGCCCCACAUCAACUCCAGCCCUUAUGCCAUGCACAAUCUCAAGACAUCGUCCUCUUCUUGAAGUUGUUUUGUUUAUCUGAAUGAUGUUUUAUGUUUGUGUAAGAAUAGCAUUAUUGCGUUCAUUAAUCUAUUAAAACAAACAUUAAUAUAACUGUUUAACAUGAGUUAAACCCAUGGCAGCAAAUCUAUCACUAAAAAUGUGAUCUGAUUUCCCAGAUCUUAAGUGUGAACUGAGAAUUGCCAUUGUCAAUAUGUAAAAAUAUACUUUGCUACUUAUGUUUUCUGAGGAGACUUUAUUUGUGUACCUAUAUAUCCAUGAUUAAUGCACACUGUGGAGAUUGUAAUGAAUAUUAAAGGAGACAAAUCAUGAAAA